AUGUUUAACCACCCAAGAUGCCGGUGGCCACGAAACCCAAUGUGGCUGCUUCCUUUUGCAGCCUUGGCAUCUGCUUUGCAGGUUCAUGAUGUGUACCAAGCUCCAGAAUGCUCUCGACAUCCGCCUGGAAAGCAUGUCAUCAAACUGCCAGAUGUGCAGCGGCAAUUUCUUUUGGUGGUGCCAGAGGAGUAUGCACCCGUGCAGGCUUCUGGCAUUCCAUUGGUUUUAGCUUUUCAUGGCUUCUCAGACUCGCCGUGGUACCUAGACUUGCAUAUGGAAUUCUCCAAGCAAAUCAAUCGAUACGGCUGGUUAGGAAUUCUGCCUUUUGGCUUGAAUGAAAGUGGAACCAAUGGUUUGGAUGGAGUUGGCGCCUGUUGCCCGGAAGAUUGUCAGGGGGAGUGCUGUGCCAACACGCCUCAACUGCGGCAAAAAGACUCGACUGCUUGUGGCUGGAAGGACAAUCAAAGAGACAUGAAGUUCGUGGAAGCUAUAUUGAAGUGGACUUCCCAAAACUCUUGCAUUGAUCCGAGCAAGGUAUUUGCCGCCGGCUUUAGCAAUGGAGCAGUCUUUGUCAACUACUUAGCAUGUCACGCAAACCAUUUCAUACGAGGCUUUGCCCCGAUAUCGGGGGACAUUCCUCAGCUGGACUGCCACAUUUCCAACCCGAUCUCCUACAUCAGCAUGUGCGGGACGCAGGACGACGAAGCAUUCUGCCAACAUACAAUCCAGAUGAGCGCAGAGCUUUUAAGCGCACUGAAUCAUUGCUCCGGUGCGGGACCAGACGGCACUGCGGUGACAUACAAGAAGUCUGCGACGACAUCUUGCAAAGCUUGGGAUGCUUGUCCGAAGGACAACUUUGUGGAAGUGUGCCAGACAGAAGGGCUUGCGCAUGAUGUGAGUGGCCACUUGCGCCCGGACAACACCAGCUACCUUCGACCCGGCAGCGACUUAGACAUCACGGAAUACAUCUUCCAGAAAUUCUCACAGCUGGUGAAUGGCAGCAUGCUAUUUUGGGGUGAGCCCAUAGCCGAGCAGCUCCGCUACAAGGAGUCCAAGUGGCCACCUCCGACACAUGAGGACCAUCCAUAUCUACGUACCGCCCCGUGA